AUGGACUGUGCUCCACAGAUAGCUCAAGCAAUAGAAGAAAGCAUUCCACAAGCUCAAAUACUUUGGUGCGGAGUACAUGUUCUUCGUGCAAUUCUUCGCAAAUCAAAUAAGUUUUCUUCUCAAGAAAAAUUUGAACAAUUCUAUAAUUUGAUGAAGGAUUUAGUCUUCAAAUUAGAUGCAGAACAUGAGGAAGAAGCAAAUGCUGCCUAUGAUCAAGUUCUGGAGUUGCUCGACACAGAUCCAACAGCAUCUCAAUACUUUAACAGACAAUGGCGUUACAACAUAUCAAGAUGGAUUGCUCGUGACAGGCGUGAAGGCGACGCAACUAACAAUAUUGCCGAAGUUCAUUUUAGAACACUCAAACAUGACUAUUUUCCUGAUCGAAAAAAUCUCAGAAUUGAUGAUGAUAUUAUAGAAAUUUAUACAAAAGUGAUACCAUCUUAA